AUGCCGCCCGGCGCACUAAGGGCACGACCCGACGACGGGGCACGCCUCCUCGCUAACACCACCACCACCACCCAGCGGGGCCUGGACCGUGCACACUCAUCUUCACACCUAUCCACACAGUGCCCACGCCACGCACCUGCACGGACCCUAUCCCGUCCCCGCGCGCACCCACAGCCACCCGCGCUGCACGCACGGGGCACGCACUUCUGCAGCCACUCACACCUAAACUCCAUGGGACGCCGAGUCCGGUCCACGGCCGCGGCCCCCACUCCCCACCCCACGCCCCACUUUCCGCAACCCCACGCGAGGCGUCCCACCCCAGCCCGGCCUUCGGGUCCCGGCUGCCCCUCGCAGCAGUGCACGCCACUUGCACGCGGCCAGCCCCCGGGGGCCGCCGCCACGCGGUCGGGUCCCGGCACCGAGUCGGCGGCCCGCGCGGCCGCGCGCCGCCUCGGCCUGGCCCCCCCGCCUGGGGACGCCCCCCGCGCCGAGCUGGUGGCGCUCACGGCAGUGCAGAGCGAGCGGGGCGAGGCGGGCGGGGGCGGCUCCCCGCGCCGCCUCGGCCUCCUGGGCAGCCCCCUACCGCCGGGCGCGCCCCUCCCUGGGCCGGGCUCGGGCUCGGGCUCCGCCUGCGGCCAGCGCUCCUCUGCCGCGCACAAGCGCUACCGCCGCCUGCAGAACUGGGUCUACAACGUGCUGGAGCGACCCCGCGGCUGGGCCUUCGUCUACCACGUCUUCAUAUUUUUGCUGGUCUUCAGCUGCCUGGUGCUGUCCGUGCUGUCCACUAUUCAGGAGCACCAGGAACUUGCCAACGAAUGUCUCCUCAUCUUGGAAUUCGUGAUGAUCGUGGUGUUUGGCCUGGAGUACAUCAUCCGCGUCUGGUCCGCUGGAUGCUGCUGCCGCUACCGAGGAUGGCAGGGCCGCUUCCGCUUUGCCAGAAAACCCUUCUGUGUCAUCGACUUCAUCGUGUUCGUGGCCUCGGUGGCUGUCAUCGCUGCGGGCACGCAGGGCAACAUCUUCGCCACGUCUGCGCUGCGCAGCAUGCGCUUCCUGCAGAUCCUGCGCAUGGUGCGCAUGGACCGCCGCGGCGGCACCUGGAAGCUGCUGGGCUCGGUGGUCUACGCGCACAGCAAGGAGCUGAUCACCGCCUGGUACAUCGGGUUCCUGGUGCUCAUCUUCGCCUCCUUCCUGGUCUAUCUGGCCGAGAAGGACGCCAACUCCGACUUCUCCUCCUACGCCGACUCGCUCUGGUGGGGGACGAUCACUCUGACGACCAUUGGCUAUGGUGACAAGACACCCCACACAUGGCUGGGCAGGGUCCUGGCUGCUGGCUUCGCCUUACUAGGCAUCUCCUUCUUUGCCUUGCCUGCCGGCAUCCUUGGCUCUGGCUUUGCCCUGAAGGUGCAGGAGCAGCACCGUCAGAAGCACUUCGAGAAGAGGAGGAUGCCUGCAGCGAACCUCAUCCAGGCUGCGUGGCGCCUGUACUCCACCGACACGAGCCGGGCCUACCUGACGGCCACCUGGUACUACUAUGACAGUAUCCUCCCAUCCUUCAGAGAGCUGGCCCUCUUGUUUGAGCACGUGCAACGGGCCCGAAAUGGGGGCCUACGGCCCCUGGAGGUGCGGCGGGCGCCGGUCCCUGAUGGAGCGCCCUCCCGUUACCCGCCCGUUGCCACCUGCCACCGGCCGGGCAGCGCCUCCUUCUGCCCUGGGGAAAGCAGCCGGAUGGGCAUCAAGGACCGCAUCCGCAUGGGCAGCUCUCAGCGACGGACAGGCCCCUCCAAGCAGCACCUGGCCCCUCCACCGAUGCCCACCUCCCCAAGCAGCGAGCAGGUGGGCGAGGCUGCCAGCCCCACCAAGGUGCAGAAGAGCUGGAGCUUCAACGAUCGCACCCGCUUCCGGGCCUCCCUGAGACUCAAACCCCGCACCUCUGCUGAGGAGGGCCCCUCGGAGGAAGUGGCAGAAGAGAAGAGCUACCAGUGUGAGCUCACUGUGGAUGACGUCAUGCCUGCUGUGAAGACGGUCAUUCGCUCCGUCAGGAUCCUGAAAUUCCUGGUGGCCAAAAGGAAAUUCAAGGAGACACUGCGACCAUACGACGUGAAGGACGUCAUCGAGCAGUACUCGGCGGGGCACCUGGACAUGCUGGGCCGGAUCAAGAGCCUGCAGUCUCGGGUGGACCAGAUUGUGGGCCGGGGGCCGGGGGACCGCAAGGCCCGAGAGAAGGGAGACAAGGGACCCUCUGACACGGAGGCAGUGGAUGAGAUCAGUAUGAUGGGACGCGUAGUCAAGGUGGAGAAGCAGGUGCAGUCCAUCGAGCACAAGCUGGACCUGCUGUUGGGCUUCUACUCGCGCUGCCUGCGCUCUGGCACCUCGGCCAGCCUGGGCACCGUGCAAGUGCCGCUCUUCGACCCCGACAUCACCUCCGACUACCACAGUCCUGUGGACCACGAGGACAUCUCCGUCUCCGCACAGACGCUCAGCAUCUCCCGCUCUGUCAGCACCAACAUGGACUGAGGGGCUUCUCAGGGGCGGGGCAGCACACGGCCAGCCCCUGGGCCUGGCGCUCGGACCCGCCCUCUGAGGCCUCCGGACUCCUCUCUUACUUGAACUUGCUCCCUUGCGGGGAGAGAGGCCACAUGCAGUAUUGAGCUGUCUGGAUGGGCGAGAUACCCGCCGUGGGGGUGCCAGCGACCCGCCCCAUCUCAGGAGCGUGAGAUGCCAGGCCGCACGGAAGGCAGCAGCAGCAGGGGCUGCCCCGUGGCCUCUGAGCCCCCCAGUGCCCUGCCCGUUCCAUCAAGGCCCUGCAUGGCCCGCCUGGCAGGGGCACUGUCCCAGGAGUGGGGCGCUGGGGUCCUGGGCCCUGACCCAGCUUCCAGCUAUGCAAGGUGAGGUCUCUGGCCCGCCCUUCGGACAGAGCAGGGAAACCCUCCCGCCAAGUCCCCGCCCCACUUGGGGGUGGGCCCAAGGUGCCCAUAGGUACCCACAAGCAUAGGACCCUGCCACAAGGCAGUUGGGCACCAUAUAUGCAAACUAUGUUAAAUAUGCAACUCUGGGGACCCCCAUGGGGUCCCUCUGCCCCUCCCUCCUUGGAGAUGGGCCCCCAGCAAUAGCUGGUCUCAGGCUGCUUGGCCAUGACCCCUAUCCCUGUUCUUUGGCUUAUCACCUGCUCCUCACCCAGCAUGGGGCCUGUUUCUCCCUUGCCUCCCCAAGGGCAGUGCUUGGGCUUUUCUUCCCAUUCGCAGGUGUCCCCUCCCAGGGGCUCCUUCUUCCUGCUGGAUGUCCACUCCCCUCCUUGGCCCUCCAGACACCUUAUAGCACAAGUUUCUGUAUUUGCCUCCAAAUCUCCCAUGGACAGUGCUCCCAUGGUCACCCAAAGUUUCCCCGAACAUGCAGAAAGUCUCUCACACUCCCUGACACACACGAUCACACACACCUGGAGAUGUGUGCACACAGCCGUUCAGCCUUCCUGGGGCCUCUGCAGCUGAUGCCGGUAGCCUGGCCUUGCAGGGUAACGUCCACUAAGAGGAAGCCUGCCACUCCAUCCAAGUAGGAGAGGGAGCUCUGAAGUGACCCCAGGCCUCUCUAGGCCUCACCUCUGAGUUUUACCAGCUCCCUUUUCUCAAGAACAUCUACUUCUCACUGGUCCAAGAGCCCUAACUGCUGCUUCUGCUGCCCCCAAGGACCCUCCUUGGCGUCCCUACAGCACAGCUCAGGCCUAGACCACUGGGGGCUGGACAGCACUGGAAAGACCCCAGGCCCUUCUCCAGGGUGGUUAUCAGGCCUGCUUCCACUAGACUUGCCCCCUUCCUAGUCACUCUCCCUCCCUGAGAGAAUAUUAAUGCAUCUAGCCACUCCUACUUGGCAGGCACCAGCUGUGCAUCUGACACUCACAAGCUCUGUUUCCCCGCCUUCUGCACCUCACUCUUCACUUCAGUUGGCAGCCCCCCAUACUGGCAGACGUCCCCCCCUCCACUCCAGGCCCCCAGCACCUCUUUGGUAUCCUGACCCUUCUGACCCUCUUUUGCGAAGCCAAUGCAGGGAGCAGGAGCGUGAUGGGUAGUGGACCGAUGGUGAUCCUCUGUGGGGUGCCAGGGAACCAGGGGCUCAGGCCCAGCUGCCUGCAUCUCAUGACUGGGGACCUGCAUGCACCAGCGCCAGGGCUGGGGCUGGAUCCUGCUCAGCCCCAUGGUGCCCAGCCUCUGCCCCAACAUACCCUCUGCAUGUGACCAUCAUGCCCUGGAUGGAGCCUGUCCUGGCUCACCUCACCUGCACUGCACUGUCCCCCAGAGAGCCACCCUCUAACCCCUCAGAGACAGAGCUGUGGAGAGGGGCAGGAGAAUGGGAUUACCCUAUGACCAAAGGAGAUUUGGGAUGAAGCCCUCCCUCCUUCUACGAUCAAGGUCCCCCCACCAACCCAGUUCUUGGAUAUGCAAGUACCUCACUUUGUUAACUUAUUAACUUAUUGGUUUCAUUAAAGUUUUCAGUAGGA